AUGGAGCCAUCUGCAAAGCAGCAGUUUGAGGAGACCUACGCUACCACUUCUACUACCACUCCCAGAUCUGAAGACAACAAAACCAACUACACUCAGUUUUUCGUCCUCUUGGUCUCCUCGAUCCUCACAUUAGCUGCGUUGAUAUGCGUUGCCCGAAUACUAUUUGUCUACUGUGCAUACAAAAGGCGCGAGCAAGAUGAACAAACCAGACGGACUCAAACAAGGAACGUCGCCGUGGCUUCGCAGCACAAUCACGGCUACAGCUUCGCUCCUGAAAGUGGAGGCGUAUCAAACUACGGCUUCGCUGAUGCUCCACCUGGUUACGAUGAGCUGUUCAAGAGAGAGGAGCCCCCGCCACUCUACGGCUCAGUCAGAAGUUCUCAAAUUAUCACUGACUCACAAGAACUCGCAGGAUCGCCCCUCGAACAAAGUGGUGGAUCAUGCACUACUCCCACCUUAGCCCUUAGCCGGUAA